AUGUUAGAUUAUGAUCGAGCUUUGGAGUUGUUUAGUUUGAAUGCAUUCAAAAGAAAUGGACCUCCGGGUGAUUAUCUGAAACUUGCACAACGUGCUGUACGCUAUGCCCGGGGCCUUCCAUUAGCUUUGAUAGUUUUAGGCUCUCAUCUGUAUGGGAGAGGCAGAGAUGAGUGGGAAACUACAUUAGAUAAUUGUCAACAAGUAGACCGUGUGAAACCAAUACUAGAUGCUUGCUAUGACCUUAAAUCAGUGAUCGGUAUGAAACAACUCCAAGAAAAAGCCUUAAUAAGAAUUGACAAAGAUAAGACUCAGGUGGAUGGAACAGAAAGUGAUAAGAUUUGGAUGCAUGACUUGAUAGAAGAAAUGGGUAAAGAAAUAGUGCGUCAACAAGGUGAGCCUGGCGAAAGAAGCAGAUUGUGGAACUAUGAUGAUGUUGAUCAUGUUUUAACAAAUAAAACAGGAACAAAGAAAAUAAAAGGCAUCCAAGUAGAGGAGCAUGAAGAAGAAAUGAUAUGUUUGAAUGCUAAAUGCUUUUCAGAGAUGAAAAAUCUUAGAUACUUGUUUAGCUAUUUUGCACACUAUUCUGGGAAUAUUGAUUAUCUAUCCAAUGAGUUGAGGUGGCUUAAUUGGUCUGGAUGUUCGAUACAAUCGUUUCCUUCAAAUAUUCAUCCAAGGAAACGUGUUGCGCUCAAUAUUUCUGACAACCAUUUUAUUAUACGACUAUGGGAGGGACUUAAGAAUUUUCCACUUCUAAGAUCUAUGCAUUUAGAAGGUUGCACAUCCCUAAGAGAACUCCCAAACUUCACAGGAAUCCCCAACUUAGAAGAGCUGAAUUUAUAUGGUUGUGCAAGUUUAGUUGAGGUUCAUUGGUUCGUUGGAUCGCUAGAUAAACUUGUGACCUUAAAUCUUGAAUGCUGCUCUAAACUUGUUAAGUUGCCAACCGAAAUUAGCUUGAAAUCUCUCCGUGCUAUGGAUCUUAGGUAUUGCACUAGGCUAGAGGAAUUUCCAAAAAUUAUUGGAAAGAUGGAUUCGUUAAGAGAGUUGAACCUAUCAUGCACUGGUGUUAAAGAAUUGCAUCUGUCAAUUGAGAAUCUGACUGAGCUUAGAGAGUUGCAUCUAGAUGAUUGUAAAAAUCUUACAACUCUACCAUUCAACAUUUAUGGGUUGCAAAAUCUAGAGAUUCUAAAUGUGAGUGGAUGCUCAAAACUUGUUACAUUUCCAGAAAUCAUGGGAAAGAUGGACUCAUUGACAGAGUUGUAUCUAGGAGGUAGUGGCAUUAAAGAAUUGCAUCAAUCAAUUGGAAAUCUCAUUGGGCUUAAUGAGUUGAAUCUAGUAGAACGUAAAAAUCUUACAAUAAUACCAUGCAGCAUAUAUGAGUUACAAAAUCUAGAGAUCCUAGAUGUGAGUGGAUGCUCAAAGCUUGUUACAUUUCCAAAAAUCAAGGGAAAGAUGGACUCAUUGACAGAGUUGUAUCCAGUGGCGGACCGAGGUAGGGGCGAGCGGGGGCUGAUGCGCCCACUUAAAUUUUGGGGAGAAUGA